ACUCCCACAUCUUCCUGACAACCUAUUUCUUCUUGGUACAACUGAAAUCUAUAAAAAAAAAAAAAGCACAAGAUCUUCUUUUUUACUUUUUCCUAAUGACCCAUAGCUGACUCAUGCAACAGUUAGUAGUUAAAAGAUUCAUCAACUUCUCCCAAGCCCAUAUAUAUAGGACCGCAAGGAAUGGUCUUAAACCAUCAACCAGAACUUAAUUAUUUCUCAGUUACCUUCCAAUAUAGCAAAAUCCUCUUCAUCAAAAUCACAAGUCACAAAUGAAGAACUUACAGAGUCCCAUGAAUUCAGCAGUAUAUUCAUUUGAAAGGCAGCCAAAAAGAGUAAUGUCUAUAUCUUCUUGUCAGGAUCAUAUUCCAUCUACAACAUCAAAGAUCCGAUCUAAAUUAAAGCAAAGAAAAUCUGUGAUUGUUAAGAUGAACAAACUUGGAGAAAGGAUGGACUGUCUUGCACAAGGCAUCCGUGAGUAUGUGAGCCUUAGCCUGAAGCUAACAGAAACAGUAAAGGGAAAAUUGAGCCUUGGGGCAAAAAAUCAUCAAGUAGGAGGAUUGGAUAGAAUACUCAAGCAGAUGUUUAAUGUUAGAGACGAUGAAAAGCUAUUGAAGGUUUCUCAAUGCUAUUUAUCAACUACAGCUGGUCCAAUGGCAGGCCUUCUCUUCGUCUCUACUGAUAAGAUUGCUUUCUGCAGUGAAAGAUCAAUAAAGCUCUUAUCUCCAACCGGAAAGUUACUUAGAAUUCGUUAUAAGGUGUCAACCAAUAACUAAGAUAACGAAAGCAACGGAGAGCGAAAAUAUGGAGAAUCCUUCACAGAAGUAUAUACAAGUAAUUACAGAGGAUGAUUUUGAGUUCUGGCUUAUGGGAUUCCUCAAUCAUCAAAAGACACUGAGAUAUCUGCAGCAGGCAAUUUCAAGUACUUCAAGCAAGCUAAAAAGAUAACUUUUUUUCCUUUUUUUUUUUUUUUUUUUUUUUUUUAAUUGUGU